UCCGGAUUUGCUUCCACGCAAAGGCACGCCCACACAGGCAUUGCAAAUCGAGUGCAUGAGACUCUACUCUCCCGGCCGAUUAUAGAGCGGAUGGAAGGCGUGACUAGUUGACGAUCUGGGAGUCACUGCAGCUCAGCAACAAUGAAGGUGCACAUUAAGGCCUGGAAUGGAGUCGCCUCUUGGCUGUGGGUUGCAAAUGAUGAGAAUUGCGGGAUCUGUCGUAUGGCAUUUAAUGGCUGCUGUCCUGAUUGCAAGGUUCCUGGAGAUGACUGUCCUUUGGUAUGGGGCCAUUGUUCCCACUGUUUCCAUAUGCACUGUAUUCUGAAGUGGCUCAAUUCUCAACAAGUACAGCAACAUUGCCCAAUGUGCCGACAGGAGUGGAAAUUCAAGGAGUGACUCACAGACUUGGUUCAAUAAAGGGCCUGUAGAGUGUGUUAGGGGCAAGAAUUUCUAUUGAUCUGUCUAAAGCUAGGUACACACUCUCUCACAUUUUUCGAUCAGCCAGAUAAAUCGCCAGACUUCUGACAGUGGAAGGUCCGAUAUCCGUACUACACAUUGUUUUUUACAGAUUUUCUGCUACACCAUACUGAAUUUGCUUAUAUCUACCCACCCGAAGGAUGAGGUAAUCAGAAUAAAUAGUAGGAAAUAUGGGCAAGUUAGCGAGAAUUCCCACACUGCAUGAUAUCGGGACCUUUAGACCGAUAUCUUCUGUGAAGUCUGUUUGAUUUGAUAAUCGAAACUGAUCUUUCUUGGCGUUUUGGGCCAUUUAAUUGGCGUGUAAAAUGGUCAUUGCCUACAUACUACACCGAAAAACUAGCUGACCACCCAAUUUGUUGUCAAUCUGCCCCAAAAUGGUAUAGUGUGUACCUAGCUUAACCCUCUAAAUCAGAUGUAGGUAACUUGUGGAACUAUAAGUCCAAGCACAGAUUCUGACAUUUGUAGAGCCACAGGUUGACAAAGCAUACUUGUAUGAGGUGAUCCAUAGGAUUUGUGGCUAAUGAGGUGAAUUAUUCAGUUGUUUGGGAUACCAGAACAUACUCCAUGUGCAUCUUAUAUGGGUAAUGCUUUCUGUAUAUACAGGUUGAGUCUUUUUCCAUAUUUUGCAUACCAUGAUAAUCUGUAUCUUGGGGGUGGGACCCAAGUCUGCGCACAGAAGGCAUUUAUGUUUCAAAUAUGCCUUAUACACACAGGCUGAAGGUAAUUUUAUAGAAUAUUUGUAAUAUUGUGCAUGAAGCAAAGUUUAUGUACAUUAAACCAAGAGAAAGGAAGGGUAUCGCUAGCUCAGUCGCUCUCAAAAAGUAGCGUAUAUUGGAUAUGGGAGUCAGCCUGUAUAUACAGUAUCGUCACUCCUGGGUAACAUCUCCAGAAGGAUAGGCAUACAGAGUGAGCAUUGACACCUACACCUUCCCUCCCCCAUAUGCUACUUCAAGUGCCAAACCCUCGCUUUGUUUUAUUAAAAAUGCCCUGUAUAAUAUACUGCGUAUAAAUUUACAGAUGCUACCCACUUUAUUUUUAAAUUAGAACUUUCCCUGUCUGCAGAGAAAACAAUCAUUUCAGUGUGCAAAUCCAAUAAAGCACUUUGAUGUAUUCUGCUUAACAAUA